AUGGCAAAUAUAAGUUCAGAUGUUGAGCAUCUUCGACAACAAUAUAAUGCUGGAAAAAAUCAACGUGAUGGACUUGUAAUCCAAUAUAAUAAUAAACAAUUUCAAGAUGGUGAUGAAUUAAAAAAAACCGAUACUCAAACUGAACCAAAAGUUCAAAUUAAUAUUGAAACUGAUUCAAAAAAUCCACAUUUUACAUUAAUCAUGGCUGAUCCAGAUGCUCCUCAACGAGGUAAUGAACGUGCUGGACCAUGGUUACAUUGGAUUCAAGCUGAUUUUCAAGGAAAUAAUAUAAGUAAUGGCAAAACACUUGCUGAUUAUCAAGGUCCAGCACCACCAUCUGGUACAGGACCACAUCAAUAUAUAUUCUUAUUGUAUAAAUCAGCUACAAAUGAUUUUUCUAAACAUAAUGGAUCGAUUGCUGUCAGUGAUUCAGAAAAACGUAAACAAUUCAAUCUAAAAAAAUUUGAAAAUGAUCAUCAAUUACAAUUAGUUGCUACAACAUCAUAUACUGUUAUUGGCUAA